UGUAUUCCCAGUAUUAAACAAAUUGCUCAGUUCGUAGUUGUGAAUUAUACAAAUCAUUGAUUUUACAAUGGUCCGGUUGACUCCAUUAGCGAGGUCUAUUUUUAAGAACAGAGUUCCAUAUCUUCAACGUGCGACUCAAGCAUCAUCGAAACCGACGCAUUUAAGGCGGCCGAAAAGCAAAUACUGGGCGUACACCUUGUACACGGCAUUCGGCGCCAGUUGUAUUAUGGGUACCGUUGCAACCGUAAAAGCUUUACGAAAAGAUUAAAUUGACUAGGACAUUGAUGGGGGGGUCCUAUUCUCCCUCCUGUGUGUGUUUGACAUGAUGUAACCUUUAGCACUAAAAUGCACUUACUUUUUAUAGUAAACACGUUUAAACUGAAAGUGUAGACAAAGUACACCAUUCUCGAAACUGUUUUUGAAACCACGGUGGCGCUUUGAACUGUAGUCCCAGUCUCGGUCAACUAUUCGAAACGCAAUGUCCUGAUACGGUUCACCGGCAAUGAAACGAAUCACACAAGUUUCCUCCGUCUGCUGUUCGUCUCUCUGCUUGCGAGACCGAUUGCGCUCAAUACGGUAAGUAGGUGCGCGACCAGUGCCAAUGAGAUCAGGGUAGAAGAUGUUGAAACGGUAUCCCUGUACAGCCUUGGGCGGAGGAUGUUCUUCGUUAUAAUGAGCUUGAUUGUAAGAAUUCCACUCAAAACCGAGUAAUACCCUGUUGUAGUACUUUGGCUUUUUUAAGGAAACGCCGUUGGCGCUAAUUGAAACAGGAGCUUGCUCGGUCUCCAAUUCAUUUUCCAAGUCAGCCUCAUCGGCGUCGCCUGCUUUAAGGUAUUCACGUUCAAGCCUCUCCUUUGUCAUCCUCCAGAAAGUGUCUUCUUCGAUGCUUGUACUAACUAACUUGCUUGUCCGUACCUUUGGUUUACUGUUCAACAAGGGAAUAUAAGUGGCAUCCGUAACUCGUUUUCUCUUCGUUUCCUACUCGUAGUUAGUAUGUAUUUCCAUUGCACAACCCAAACCAUACCAACAUGUGCGUGUACUGUUCUUCCUCAAUUGGCUUCAGGCCUUGUGGUAGCUGUUCUUGCCGUAAUAAAGGUGCUGGAUCCAGAUUGAUGCGAUAAUAUUCAUUCUCUGCCAGUUUUUUCAUUUGCUGUAGUUGAUGUAAAUCAUC